AUGACUGAUAUGAAACAAUUAGAAAAAUCCAUCAUAGAAGAUAUGCCAAAGAUCUUAUGUAAACACUUGAAACAACGAUUUGCUUGUAUAGAAACACAAUGGUUCGAUGUGAAAAAAAUAUUUACAAAUGAAAUCGAACGAAUUGCCAAUUUAGUUAUCCGAAUUCGCAGUGGUGAAGCUGAAAACCUAUUCACCGAACAAAUAUUUAACGAUAAAGAACAAAUGAUGAUAAAAAAUAGUAUUGAUGAAUUAACACAAAAUGUAAAACAUCUCGAAGAAAAAGAAUAUUUUAUUAGAUGUUUAAAUCAACAAAAUUUCCAAUAUUUGAAUGUCAUUGAGUACAACAUCGAUCAAACAGAUAAUGAAAAUUCUAUCGAACAUAAACUUGUUCAAAAUGAUCAACAUUAUCGAAUUCUUUGCUCAAAUGAUUGCUUAAACAAGAAUAAUUCAGAAGAAUUGCAAAAAUUAAUCUGUGAUCUAAUAGAAGAAGCUAAAAAUAAUUCGAGUUUACAUCUUAUUUAUGCUGAUUUUUCAGACUGUUCUUUUCCAUUAUCUACUAUGAUGGUGUUGUCAUCAUUAAAAAAGGCUCAUGAAGACAUGAUCGAUCAACUUUCAUCUGAAUUGUCUACAGCGAUGGAAACAUUUACUGUACCGUUUACAGAACCUGACAUACUUACUGAUCAGCCAACACCGACGUCAAUGUCAAUUGAUGAAACUAUCAAUAUUGUUCUUUUGGGUGAAACAGGUGUUGGAAAGUCAACUUUUAUUAAUGCUUUUGCCAAUUAUCUUACAUUUAACACACUUGAAGAAGCUGAAGCAGGUCAAUCAGUUGUACUCAUACCUGUUUCAUUUAUGAUUACGGUUGGUGAUAACUUUGAAGAACAUAUUGUAAAAUUUGGUGGUGUAGAUGAUUCAAAUAAUGAAGAUUUUGAUCAUCCUGGCCACUCCGUGACACAACAUUGUAAAUCAUAUAUAUUUAAUCUGAAUGACAGCGAUCAAAGAAAGCUAUGUAUUAUUGAUACACCUGGGUUUGGGGAUACACGAGGCAUUGAACAAGAUGAUCUCAAUAUGGAACAUAUUUUAGAAUAUGUGAAUAAUCUUACUCAUAUAAAUGCAAUAUGCUUUCUUCUCAAACCAAAUGAAUCGAAAUUGCAUAUCUAUUAUCGAUUAUGUCUUAAUCAAUUAUUCUCCGUUUUAGAUCAAAAUAAUGUUAAAAAAGUUAUUGUUUGUUUUACAAAUAGUCGAUCAACAUUUUAUACUCCAGGCGAUACGGCACCAUUACUCAAACAGAUGCUUAGAUCUCUUGCAAUCGGUGAUGUUCCAUUUAAAAAAGAGAAUACAUUUUGUUUUGAUAGUGAAUCAUUUCGUUAUUUAGUUGCUCUACAAAAUGGAAUCAACUUUAGUGAAUUAGACAGACAAGAAUAUGAAAUGAGUUGGAUUAAGUCAGUACAUGAUUCAAAACGACUUAUUGAAUAUAUUUGUAAAGAACUAGCUAAUCGUUGUAUUCAACAGGAAUGA